CCCCGUUCUUUAUUUCUGUGGUAGCUCGUCCACUCUUGCGCGCCCUCGAUUCUGCUCUUCAUUCGUACGUGCCGACAUACAUACGCAUGCUCUCCCCCCUCCGUCACUCCACUGCUCCUCGCGCGCUCUCUCGUCCUUCCCUCCCUUCGCUCAGCGCCCGUCCUGCUGCGCUGCUCACAUAACGUACAUAAAGAGCCCUCGACCCUGCCAAACCCUUCCAUUUCCGACCCGACUUGUCACCUCACCUUACCAUACCUGACCUGGCGUCUGGCCUUGGCCUCGCCUCUCACUCUCUCCACCCCAUCGCCGCCUCUUCUAGCCGGCACCACACGUUUUCGUCCCAGAGGCGACGCCCGUUCCCAUCCUCACGCACGCCCUUGGCCCGGCGAUCCCGCCGCCUCGCAAGCGCAUGCCUGCAGUUUCAAGCUUAUAAGUAACUUGUCUUGCCCGCCAACCCGUAGUCCUGCCCUGGCCUGCCUUGGCUUUGCUUUUGGUCGCCUCUACUGUUGCUACUGUCGCCGCCGCCGCUGCUACUCCCGCUGGCACUCUUUACUUCCCACGCCAUCGCAGCUCACUCAUCCUCACGCCGCCGCCCACGCUCACCUCACUGUGCUGCCCCUCCUCAAUCCUAAAGAUUGGAAACCGCACAGACAACUUGUCCCGGCCACUCCAGUCAUUUCCACGGGAUCCAAAGUCGAAUGAUUUUGGUGUUGCUUCAAGUAAGCGCUGCUCCUGCUUGCCGGCCACAUUGCACUUCACCGUUUCAUCUGUCUCGUCUCUGCGAAGUAAUACGCUACCGUAGCGCCCUUGACGCCCUACACCCAGCGAGCGUGACGCCAGCCAGCUCCUAACCCCAGGAGCAUGGCUGCGAAUGCUCUCCCACUGCGAAAUGGCCAGCCCAGGGAUCCGUCUUCGUUCUCUUCGGCGCUCUCUACAAGACCAAACGCCCCUCACCAGCUCAGCUCGUUUGGUUACGUGCUCAUGACAAGUCCCAUGGAAGAAGACCUCUCACCCAGCCUCGUGUCACCGCACGACCUCAGAGCCUCUUCUUUCCCCACCGGUCAGAUGAGGCCUACCUCGUCUGGCGGGCCCAUUUCCACCACGUUGCCAAUGAGGAACCCUAGCGCUGUGGUCUCAAGCUCGCAAAGCCCUCCUGUGUCACUGCAGCAACAUUUCCAUGCGUUGCCGCAAAGAGCGCCUGCUUUGGGGAACACGGCUGAGGCUUCCACAUCAUCCGCGUCGCUUUCUUCAGGCCCGUCCGAAGUGGAAGCGACAACGUCAGACUCGGGCUCGACCGUCAAACGGAAGGACGUGGAUGGCGACUGCAGCAUAUGCUGGGAGCCUUUCGAGCAAGAGCAGAACGAGCUUAUCUGGUGUAAGCUCACGUGCGGCAACAACUUCCACAAGAAAUGUUUCGUCGAAUGGCUCCUGACGCCCAAGCAUUCGCGGACAAGCCCAGAACUGAAGUGUCCGUACUGUCGAGGAGCCUGGGACCCGGUCGAGCUGAGAACGCUGCAGAUCGAGAACGGCAUCAUCCCUCCGAGGCCGUACAAGCGUGCCCGUCCGGAUCUUCCAGCUCGUGCUCUCAACCGUGACCACAUGCGCAGGCACUACCGCGAACGAAGGGAACAGGCCCGCAGAGACUACCAGGCCACCGUCUCGCGUAUCCUCGGAGCCGACCGCUACCGCCCCGGAAUGCCUACCCAAGUGCAGCAUUACCAUCCCACAGGCUACACACCGCCGCAAAGCAUGCGGCCCACACCCGGAAUACCGACUUCUACCCCGCAUGCGUCGCCGCCUUCCAAUCGGGCGAUGUAUCCACUUCAGCCUUAUCCAAUUCCUCAGGGUCCUCAGGCAAUGAGUCCGCGUCAACCCAUGCUGCCCGCCCAUUUCGGCCCUUAUAUGCAACAGUUCAACGCGCAAUCGUCGUCCAUGCCAAAUGGAGCGGCGUCGACACAGUCGCAUGAUCUCACGGCUCCCGGUUACAAUGUUCCGACGUUCGCGCCGAAUCCGUACCUUGCGCCUGUGGCCAUUCCACAGCGACCCAUGAUCGGUCCAUCGCAACCUCAGAUGUCGCGGUGUCCAGCUAUGCGAGCUCAGCAAAUGCCUGGGGCAGCUGCACCUCAAGCUCUGCCUAUGAACGGGCCAGCGUCACCGCCUUUCUGUCCUGGAAUGAUGCCCACAAGCCUAGAGGUGCAGUUCAACCACUACCAGUAUCACGCCUAUUAUCACUACGGCCCUCCGAUCCCCUAGACUUAUCACAACGUGCUUUGGCAUCGAUAUGGGACUAGGAGGUGCGGGCGCGCACACGAAAAUCACCACUUUAGCACUUCAAACUUUCGUCACCCUCGCUCUAUCUGAACACACGAUUGACACCAUUACCAACCUUGGUCAUAAAAGCUUAGUUUUCUACUCUCUUUAUGAAUGGAUGCCACUCUGUCGGGAACGGAAGGAUCUCGACCCAGUAAUGAGAAUCGGGUCCAUACCCCUGUCUUCGAGCCCGAUUCCGAGGAUGGAUUCAAAAGGAUUAGGAGUUCAGCUUACGGCAUAAUGCCACGCACUUACCGCUUGAGCGGCUGCAAAUUAGACUUUGGACACCGAGAGUGGGUUGGACUCCUUCCGGCCUUCGCUCUCGGUGAUAUCACGGAGGUUUUCUUAUUCUUCACUCGAAACUUUCGCAGCAACGAUCACCAUCAUAACAUGGACACGGCGUUUUUGGACGAUUGGGGUCUUAGCGGAGCAAGCAGGUCAUUUGCUAUUCGACUGUUGAACCAGUUGCGUACACAUACCCACUCGAAUCAGGUUUCGUGAUGAUUUCAUUUUCGGGCAUUUUGCAAGCAUGGGAGUGGCAAUGAUGACAGUAUAUAACGAGUUUAUUUCAGGCAACUUUUUUUUCGCAAUAGUUCGUCGUGCUAGGCACGAAUAGAUUGUCACCCGAUCUGCAGAGACCGUCACACCACGCCACAUGUAACGUCUUUUUUUUUUGUUCAAACGAGAUAACAAAUAAAUGCACCCACUCGUCGAAGAGCCACACAUGCCAUCAGAAGAGCCCACAAAUGGAUGUGAAAUGGAAUUGGGAAGAAGACCCUUCUUCGGAAGGCAAAGAACCAACGAAGGGCAUUAUUGCUAACUAGUUGUAAUGAAAUGAAAGAGAUUAUGAUGAAUAUCGCGAAUCAAUCCAGGGUUCCU